AUGGCGUCUCUUGUACAGGGAAAUAACAACAGUUUAGUAUCCAAAAUAAGGGCAAUCGAUCCUUAUCUUAAGAAAGAGCAAGAACAAGCUGUAGAAAAACUCUUACUUGGUGAAGAUGUCCUCGCUAUUUUACCCACAGGUUUUGGCAAAAGUAGAAUUUUCCAAGCAUAUUCGCGUGUGAAAGAUAACGAAAUGAAUGGUUGUUGGGUUGUUCUCGUCAUUGCCCCUCUAUCAAGCAUUAUUGAUGACCAGAUAACUGCUUUAAAGUCUUCUGGUUACCCUGCAGCCGACGUGAAAUUUUUACAACAUGAAGAUCUGGAAAGAUGCGAUCGAUUUUAA